AAUACCUUAGCUUAGUUUAGCCGCAAACGGUAUAAAAAAAAUUUAAUGAAUGAGGAUUGAAGUACAACAAAAAAACAAUUGGCUAACUUGCUUAGCAAAAGUCCACUAAAUGUUAACCUCUAAACUAAAUUACGAAUAAACAUAAACAAACAUAUGAGCUCAAACAAAAACUUACCUUAUGAUGGUCUUAACAGGGAGCAGCUGGAUCCAGCCAAGUUAAAAGAGUUAUGUCAUAUUCACUGUUGCCACUAGAGGGCAGUGUAACCACCCAAAUCAAUAAAACUAAAAUCAAACACUUUCAAGACAAACCAUUACAACCCCACUUUAAUUAAACAAAUACUCGAAGCAGCAAAAUCUGAUUCGAAGCUCUUUUCUAAUGGAAUUACUCGAGUUAAUCUAUUAAUCGUUGCAGCACUACAAUAUAAUCAGAUACCAACAAUGAAUUUCUAAAAUAAUUAUUACCGUAAUUUCCGGACUACAAGCCGCUACUUUUUCCCUCAUUUUGGGUCCUGCGGCGUGUGCAGUGAUGCGGCCAAUUUGUGUAUUUUUCUGACGGCCGCGAGGGGCGCUCGAGCAUGGAAUGUGGGAGUGAGACACGUGGAAUAUAUGUGUGGAGAAAGAUGCUAGUUUGCACUAUUACCGGUAGUUUAACUUUGUGCGUUGUGCAUCUGCCUGUGUGCAUGAGUAGAUUUUGCAUACCUGCAUCAUGGAAAAUGCUCGAAGAAAUUAAAUUGGCCAUCCGAGUUGUAUGGGAAGCUUUGAUGACGAGCGGCGAGAGAUUGUUUGCCUAGACUCACCGCAUGCACAGAGCAGCUUUUGCACAGGUUUGCCGGGGGAGCCUGGCAUGGUGAAGCGCUGUGAAAGAGUCCGCCAUCAUCAACGGGUUUCGAAGGGGCCAUUCUGCUGCGUGACGAGGAGGACAGCACGGGCUAAGAGUGAAUAUGCCUCAAUAUGGGAGACAUUGAAGGCGACGGCGAGGGAGAGACAGAGUAGGAUACCGAAGAGCAAAUUGCCAUUAAACAGUGCCGGCAGGAGCUGAGUGAGAGAAACAAAGAAAGAUGGUGUCUAGAGAUCCAGAUCAUGAAGAGGUUGGAGCACGUAAACGUAGUGGCAGCAAGGGAGGUUCCUGAGGGGAUGCAGAAGCUUGUGGCCACCAAUGACCUGCCGCUCCUGGCCAUGGAAUACUGCCAGGGAGGGGAUCUGAGGAAGUAUCUGAACCUCUUGGAGAACUGCUGUGGAAUGCGCGAGGGCUCCGUUCUGAUUCUGCUGUGCGACAUUUCCUCUGCUCUGACCUACCUCCACAAGAAACGAAUCAUCCACCGAGAUUUGAAACCCGAAAACAUUGUACUGCAGCAGGGAGAGAAGCGGUUAAUCCACAAGAUCAUCGACCUGGGCUAUGCUAAGGAGCUUGACCAGAGCAGCCUUUGCACCUCCUUUGUAGGAACGCUACAGUAUUUGGCUCCCGAGCUGAUUGAGAGGAAGAAGUACACAGUUGCUGUAGACUACUGGAGCUUUGGGACGCUGGUAUUUGAGUGCAUCACAGGAUUUCGGCCCUUUUUGCCAACCUGGCAACCUGUUCUCUGGCACAAUAAACUACGGUUGAAGCAAGACAGUGACAUUGUCGUCUACGAGGACCUCUCCGGAGUGGUCCGCUUCUCCAAACAUCUUCCUCAGCCCAACAACCUCAAUAGCCUUUUAGCAGAGAAGAUGGAGAAGUGGCUGCGGCUGAUGCUCAAGUGGUCUCCGCAAGAAAGGGGCAAAGAACCGGACGCCACGCCGAGCAACUGCUUCUCCCAGCUGGAUCUUAUCUUACAGCUAAAAAUGGUUCACGUUUUGAACAUGACCACCGCCAAGAUCCUGAGGUAUGCGGUCGAUGAAGACGAGACAGUGGCCAAGCUGCAGAGGAGAAUCGAAGAAGAGACGAGCAUCCCUGUGGCCAAGCAGGAGUUGCUACUGGAAGCCGGUUUAGCCUUGGAGCCCCACAGCUCGGCCACGCACUGUGCCAUCGAUUACGCCGAGAUAGAUGGCCGGCGGACAGACUUCCCUCUGGUCUUCCUGUUUGAUCGCUCAUCUUGUAAUUAUGAGCCCCCGUUGACUCCUCGCCCUCUCCCUGAAAACAUAUGCUUCAUCCAAAAAGACCCAAAGCAAGCUCUGCCUUACAGCCCUUUAAGGAGAACUUAUGGCCAGGCAUGGCACACCAUCCGUUCCCUGAAGGAGGACUGGCAGAGACUGCAGCAGGGGCAGAAAGCGGCCAUCAUGAGCUUGCUGAGGCAUAACUCAUCCCUGUCAAAGCAGAAGAACGAGAUGGUGUCAAUGCACCAGAGACUUAUGGCCAAGCUGGACUUCUUCACCACCAGCCUUCACAUAGACAUGGACAAAUACCAGGAGCAGACUGCCACCGGGAUUGCUUCAGAUAAACUAUUGGGAGUGUGGCGGGAAAUGGAGCAAACUGCCAGCAGCUGUGGUCAGCCCAAAGUGAGUGAACUAGAGGAGGAGAUGAUGCAUCUGCAGCAAGACAUCUUAGAUGUUCAACGUCAGCCCUGGCGGAGCGGAGAGGCUUUGGACACACUUGAAGGAAAAGCCAUGGAGAUGCUGCGUAAACUCAGAGAGAAACCCAAAGAGCAGCGUUGUUCUGGAGAUGGUCAGGAGGUGCUGCGUCUGGUGGUUCAGGCGGUGCAGUUCUAUGAGCGAAAGCUUCGAGACUUCUACUCACAUCUCAGUAAGACGGGCAUUUGUCGUCAGCGUGUCAUGGAGCUUCUGCCAAGGGUGGAAGGCGUGGUCCAAGAGAUGGCCGAGAGUGAACAAGUUUUGAUGGGUCUACAAGAGAAGCGCCAAAGGGAGCUAUGGAACCUCCUCAAAGUCGCCUGUAGUAAAGUUCGAAGCCCAGUCAGUGGGAGUCCUGAUGGAUGUCGCACACCUUCUUCAGUCCCUCCACUGAUGACCCCCCGACACAGUUUACAGCAGUUGGACGAGUCCUUGGUCGAAGAAAGCAAGAAUUUUGAGAGUCGACUACAGAAUUUGCUGCAAGACACCAUGCAGGAAUCUGAGAGUAGUAUGGAGAUGCUGAGAGAGUGGACGUGGCUGCAAGGGAGCAACAGUUUCUCCAGGGACCUCUCCUAGAUUUACCUCUGCUUGCUGCCACUGUGUGGCUAUGAGUGCAAAAAACACAUUUUUACACAAGAACAUGCACCAACCAUUCUCACGUCAACUAUAAUCUUACUCAUGAAGCUUGUAAAUUUUAUUUUUACUAUGUGGAGAAAAUCUUCCAACUUUUCCACAGCAUUGGAUCUUAUUUAUGCAUCCAUCUCUUGUAUAAUAACUAAUAAUCUUCAAACAUGAGUUGUUUCUUUAAGUAGGUGAAAUGUACGCGUGUCUAUUAGCCUCAGGGGAACUAAUUCCAUUCCAUGUUUUAUCUCUGUUAAAAGCUGCACUGCCUGACUCUAUGGGCACUUUCACAUUAGACCAAGAGGACCAGGGUCUGGUUGGAGUGCUACCAUGCAACAACACUUGCAAAUGACUUGUUUAACAGGUUCAGUAUUCACACUGCGCCAGCCGAACUUUACGAAUAGCAUCACGUGGACGAAAGGCACACUCAUUGAUUGGACAAAUAGAAGUGCUGUGACGCUGCAUGUAAUGUAGCAUAAAUUAAGUCACCGCUCGGCCAGCGGUGGUAUCGCUCCCUCCCGACUUGAUGCCAAGCGAACUGGAGUAUAUAAAAAAUGCAUAGUGGAAAAUUAAACCAUGAAAAGGAACCGCAUGGAACCCCAAGCCACACAGGAGUAUACAAUCGUUCUCACUUUCAUGACUUUUUGGACUGUGAAAUUGUCGCCACUUCCAGGAGAGAGAGACUCACGAAACGGUCGCCCCGAGAGGCUCCGCCUUUCUCAGCCACUGUCACUCUCACACGGUGCGUUUAGGAACAGCAUGCAAAACACAACCGCCACAUUAGAACCAGACUGUGUGUAUCAAAUGCAGCUGCUUAGCACAGCACAACAACAUUUGGCCAUGGUUGAUCGUCUGUGUUCUUGCCAUUGUUGAUUUUGAAUAGCGUGUGUGCUGUACUUCCGCUUUCAAGGAUGCCCAGCGUGUGGCGUCACAGCCUGGAGCAUCACAGCCCCAGGCUGUGACACUGCAUAUAAAAUAGCAAAAGCACACCCUGCUACUGUUGCAUUCACAAGCAAAGCAGGGUGUGCUUAAAGACCAAUGAUUUUUGAGCAGACCAGAGUUCACUUGUUUGGUCCGAACUAGAGUUCGGAUGUGCGUUCACAUUUACAAAACAAAGAGGACGAUCUGAGAAAAAGAACUCUGGUCCAUUUAAAACAGCUAGUGUGAAAGCGCCCUUAAUAAUGUGUUUUUCUACAUCUAUUGGUACGUCAAGAGCAGAGGUGGGUUGAGUCGCCAAAGAUUUUACUCCAGUUAAGAGUAGCGUUACUUCUAGGUAAUAUUACUCAAGUAAAAGUAGUCAUCACAAAAAUUUAUUCAAGUACAAAAAAGUAUUGAGUCAAUAGAAUACUUAACAGUUUACAAUGUUUUUAAACAAUAGUAAAAAAAAAAAAUUUGUCAUCUACUACUCUGAGUACUUUUUUCUCAAAAAGUUACUCAAGUAAUGGAGUAAAUGCGUUACUACCCACCUCUGGUCAAGAGAAGGGAGAUAUAUAUACUGUCAGUGUUCUGGAUUGUCCCGCGGUCCCGUUACAACUGCAAUCGUGUCAUUAUUAAGGCAGCAAUGUGACUGUAAAAUAUUGCACCUUUUGAUAUUUUCUUCAUUGUCCAAAUGAAUAAGGACACAAAAAAACACGUGUAUCAUUUGACGUUCUUUUUAUUCACUCUACGAUUGAAUAAAAAUCAGUUUGAGGUUGUUACUGUUGACUACGUUUCUUAUACAAAGCACAACACACAGAUCAAGUGAAAGUGAAACAGACGCUUUAAAGGCUGAACUGGUGCAGGCUGCUCAUAACACACCUUUGAGCUUCUGAAGGCGCUGAGGUGAAACGGUGGGAGUUAAAGGUCCACUUGCUCAGUUGGACAUUUUAACUGUAAUAGCUUUUAUUGCACUGUUUAGGAUAGAUUUGGCAGAAAAAGUUGAGUUUUGUUAACUCAUUGGCUACAGUUCAUCGCCAGCCUCUCUCAGUUCAAAUGGGUUGGACGUCUAUCAUUGUAGUGUGCAGCCAAUGAGUUAAUUAUAUUGAAUAGUGUUGCAAUCAAACUAGCCCUUAGACUGUGUGUUUCAUUUUGUAUUGCUGGUUGGACCUCUGAGGUGUUGUCACAUUUAGGGUCUUUCAUUCUUUUCUUGUGUUUCCUUUAAGCGUCCAGUUCAAAGCCCAGGCCCAUCUUGUGUCCGCCCCCGUUAACGUUCUUUCCAUCAAUGAGCGCUGACAGUGUCAGCUUGAUUCCUACAAGAAGACAAGGUCAGAGCAUACAUGUAGACAUUGCAUGUAAUUGACCUUCCAAUAUAUGAAUUUAAAAUUAAGACUUUGGAGGUAAAAUGUUGUAUAUAGGCCUAAAAGUUGUAAAGCAAUAAAAACACAACAAAAAUGAAUGAAAUGAACAACAACAACAAAAUUACAAUGGGUCAAAAUUAUUUUUCAAACAGAUCAUGUGAGCACCUUAGAGACAGUCAUUUGCUUAGCUUAGCCACAAAAAAAAAAAAAAAAAAAACACCUGAGGACCAGUGUUGUUAAUAAAGGUGUUAGAUUAUAACGUCAUUACUGCCUUGUGUUUUUCAGUAGUGGGUAAUCUAAUGAAUUACUUUUCUCAUUUUGGUAAUGCCGUUACCGUUACUGACGAUGUAAAGGCGUGCGUUACUAUGCGUUACUACGUUGGUUGAAUGAUGCGAGAAAAGUCCGAAACACGGACUCACAGAGAGGAGAGAGCAAAGCGGGAGUUGGGAGGAGGGAAGGGAGUUGUGACGUGGCUCCAAUAAUACCUGACUGUAGCCGCCCACAUGAUUCUACAGUAGAUAUCACAUAUAUGUAGAACUAGAUGCGGAAAAUAGACUCACCGGCGUUCGUAAACAGUCGCCAUUUUAAAGCAGUAGACUUCUCAGGAAGGCUCUGUUGUAGAGAACCUUCCUAACGAACCUAAGUUACCUUUUAUCUAAAAUACUCAUAAAUCAGCAAAAUAUUAACUUGAAUCUAUCUUUAAAUGAUGAAACAGUUUUAAAACUUUCACAUGUCAAAAGUAGACAGAAGGGAACUAAUGCAAUAACGGGAGCAAUUUUAACAACUUUACAGUUGAUUCACAACAUUAAAUAACUUUCAAACAUAGCAAAGGUUAAUAUGUUUUUUGUUUCUUUUGUUUUUUUUUUGGGAAUGAAAAAAAAAACAUGAAACGUAACACCAGUUACUUUGCCAAGUAACUAAUUACCCUUACAUUCGGGUAACUGAGUUACUAACUCAAUUACUUUUUGGGAGAAGUAAUUUGUAACUGUAAUUAAUUACUUUUAGUAAGUAAGAUUAACAACACUGCUGAGGACAGAAGAGGCAAGAUGGAUAUUAGAGCUGUCCCGACUAGUCAACGUUGUCGACGUC